GUGGACACCGUGCGUCUUGCCCCCAAGGUCUCUGGCAGUCGAUCGGCCCGUCCGAUCACACGCCACGUAUCCUAUCUUCGCCUCCUCCCCUCUACCCCAUCUCCUUCUUCAUCGGUCUCUCCCUCAGAGGAAGCCGACGGCAGCGAUCUUAUCUCUCCGGCAUCUUCCUCUUCCUCUUGCCCCUUCUCUGACACCCCGUCACCUCCGCCAUCGCCAUGAGCUUCGCCAACGAGCGGGCUUUCGGUGAUCAGUUGCUGAUGCCACGGGGAGAGAUCUCAUCCAUCCGCCAAGUGCAUCAUCCGCGGAUCAGCCCCGACUUCUUGCGCCUUGCGCAGUUCUUCUGCACCUCGGGUGUGUACGGCGCGGCAGAGUUCCGGUUCACAAGCGAUCCCCAGGUGGUGGUGCUGGCCGAGGCAACGGCGUUCCAACGGCAAGCGACUCCGGGUAUUAGCCACAUGUCUACCGUGGUAGUCUUUAGCGGCGACAUCACCACCUUCGAUCCGGCGCGGCAAACCGCCAUCAAGAGCACCUUGUACAAGUGGGGUCGUGAUCUGGCCACUGAUUGGGAUCGACGGCUCACAAGGCACGGGGACGAGUGCUAUCCUGUCGACGGCAUCGAAUCCUCUCAUUACCCCCAACUCUCUUUCUGCCUGGAGCCUCUGACAGUACCCAUCGUUGAUCGGGAUCGUUGGAGGCUGUGGCGUGCAGAGUUCGUUGAGCUCUCGUUCUGCCUGCUACGAGUGGAUCUGAACUGGACGUGGGAAGGCGAUCAGAGGCCCGCGUCAGAAACCGUGGAGUUGCUCAUCAUUCAGGCGUGGAGAACUAACGUGACGGGAGACCUUCUGGGAUUCGUCUUUGGAGCUGUGGAUCGGGGAUACCCAUCACAGAUCGUGCGCGAACUUACGAUCGUGAUCGCGCGACUGGCCGACGAGCUCCCCCUCGAUAUCGUCUCUCAGAGUGACGAAGAGCCCGUGCCGCAUGUCCUCUCAAGGACUCUCGCCCCGAGUCUUCAGUGGUCGGCUUGUAUUGAGGAGCGCUGGGCAGACUGCCGCUUCCCAUCUCGCAGCAAGUACCUGGACGUCCACAGCCUAACUAACCCCCGCGUCUUUCGGCAACCAACGGCGUUGGAGUGGGCAGCGCUGAGGGCGGAGGAAGAAGCAGAAGAAGAAUCAGAAGGAGAAUUAAGGAGAGAGGCCGGAGAAGCAGCGGCGCGGUUGGCCGAGGACGAGGAAGAGGAGCGCGAAGCAGAAGAAGAAGAAGCAGAGGGGGAGACUUUAGAAGAAGAAGAGGAAGCCUAUAGCGAGCACAGUGAGGGGGAGCAAAGUGACGAAGAGGAGGACGAAGACGACGACGAGGGAGUGGAAAGCGGAGAAGACGAUCGGGAGCCAGCGCUCGACGACAAACUCGAGUGGGUGCCAAAACCGGAUCAUCGAGAGGAAAAUCCUGAGGCCGUUGCGCAGCACAAGAAAGAUGUCGCGGAGGGAAAACAACCAGUGAUCGACCCCACACCGAACGAUCCUUCCAAGGAUCCCGAGCCGCCCAAGCCGGAACAUGGGGACCUUGCUGCCACGACCUCGAGCGCCGGGACGACAAGGCGUCGACCCCGAUCCCGAUCCUCAUCCCCCUCCGCCUCCGCCCAUCCCCCAAUUCGUCAACGUGUCGAUGAGGGGCUUCGCCCUUCGUCCCCGAUCCAUAUACCACUGUCCCCUUAGCCAUCUCUCUUUCAAUCAGUAUCUUCAUCGCGUCGUCUUCCCCCUUAAUCCCUUCCCCAUCGCCACCUUCCGACACUUCUACUCCGCCCGCCAAGAGCU